AUGGACCACAACUACUGGAACGUCGACGACUUUCUCGCCGACUCGCAGAAGCUUCCGUGCACGUUCAACGUCGACGUGCCCAACAUGGGCCAGAUCCAGUCCAACGGCGAACGCGACGUCAAGGCGCUCUCACGCGUCGAACUCCCCUUCUGGCUCGCCGAGCUCAUGGCUUUGAAUAACAUUGUCUCGAUCAGCAAGCCAAAAGCGUAUUCCAACCGCGUCAAGGCUGCGCUGGAUGCCAACCCCACGUCAGUGCAGUUGCGGCAUCAGAACAUUCAUUGGUACGCGCUUGGUGCGCGUCUCGCCCAGCUUAUGGACGAUGACGACAGCGAGAUGCAGGUGCUCUCCAAGGCGUACGUCGGCAGGAUAGCACACAUCUUUCAGCAGUCGCAGCACCUUGCUACCUCAUCCGCAGGCUCAGCGGCUGCGAGUGCCGAUGCUGAUCAGCGAGGCUUUGCGUCGGCACAGGCGAUUGCGGCUAUGGUCUCCGAUGGCCCUACGCUCGGCAUGAGCGCUGGAAGCGCAAUGAGCGCCGAAGUCACCGAGUUCCUCCAGGGCCUCGACGAGUCGGAGCGCAUGCUUUUGCGCAACGGCCAGGAUGGCGCGCGCAUGAUGCGAGAAUUCCUCGCCAACCAUCGCUGA